AUGGCUAAUGACAUCUUCCUGAACACUGGCAACAGAGUUGUGGAGGAACUGAAGUGUGGAGUCUCUGUCCAUCACCACGACCGCCAGAGGAAGAGUCAGAAGAUCUCUUGGGGCUCUGGAAUGUCGAGUCCUGGAGAUGAAGCUCGUGUACUCCGCAUCGUGUGGUCUAGAUUGCUCCUCCACCUCGUUGUGACGACUAAGUUGAUAACGCAACAGAGAGCUUAUCAAGCACCAUCACGAGCUUGCGGAUGCAACGGUCAACGAAUAUUGUUGAAGUCAGGCAUAGCUGAGAUUAAGAUUCUCUCGACCUCUCUGUUUAGUACAAGAAGAUGGAAGUCUGAGUCCACGCACACUGCGACCCGUCCUUGCUCUAGUAAAGAUGACGUAUUCUCGAGAAGGGUCAAUUGGAGUAUCGAGGAGCUCAGUGUAGUCUAG